AUGCCCUGCUCACAAGAGGCACAAGUCGUCUCCCCCAGCAAGUGGGCCUGGGCCACGGAGGCGGGAGAUAUGCACCUCCGCUUUGCCUGGCUCUCGGAGCACGCCACAGCCCCCACCAAGGGGUCCGCGCGCGCCGCGGGCUACGACCUGUACAGUGCCUAUGAUUACACAGUACCACCGAUGGAGAAAGUGCUUGUGAAAACUGACAUUCAGAUAGCCCUUCCUUCUGGGUGCUAUGGAAGAGUGGCUCCUCGUUCUGGCUUGGCAGCAAAACACUUCACAGAUGUAGGAGCUGGUGUCAUAGAUGAAGAUUAUAGAGGAAAUGUUGGUGUUGUCCUGUUUAAUUUUGGCAAAGAGAAGUUUGAAGUCAAAAAGGGUGAUCGAAUUGCACAGCUCAUUUGUGAACAGAUAUUUUACCCAGAAAUAGAGGAAGUUCAAAUUUUAGAUGACACUGAAAGGGGUUCCGGAGGCUUUGGUUCCACUGGAAGUAAUUAA